AUGGCCAACUCGGGCUAUACAUCGCCGUUUCCAACCUCGCACGAUACCAUCGGACAAUCGACACUUGCUACACCACUAUUCAUGCCUUCAUCUCCUCCACGACAAUCAUCUCGCCCCCUGACUCAGGCGCCGCGAUCUCCACAAUCACCGCAGUCAGCACACUCACCUCCAUCGCCGCGAUCUCCUCGGUCUCCUCAAUCUCCUCAUUCUCCUGAAUCUCCCCAGUCCAAUCUAUCUCCUCCUUAUUCACGGUCGCCGCGAUCGCCGCUGUCAUCUCUGCGCUCCCCACCGCGACCUGAAAGCCCGGUCUCUGAGAAAUUUGAUCCUCAUGAAGACGAAGAGGACGACGAGGAGGAUCGGCUGCGCGAGGACAACCACGAACGUGGGAGCGAUCGCGAAUCGGACCACGAGGAACAUCUGCAGGAUUUUUCUCGCCCAUCGACCCCCGGAACUCUGAAUGGACUAGGUCUUGAUGCGCGUCUCGCCAAUUACAGCGUUGACUUCAGCGCAUUCCCCAGCAGCAAGUUCCUUGACGAUCGAGAUGGGCCACUUCUUCCGGAACUCGAGGAUGAAGACGAUGCCAGAGACAAGUUGUCGGACGUUGGUGGCCCCGAAGACUUCACUGCGAACAUGGAGCGAUACCUGUUGGGAGAGGGUAUGUCCAGCGCCAGGCGAAGCCGCUUCAGCGAUCACGACCCAUUACCCGAGCCGAAAUCGCGGUUCAAUGGCGUGGCAGGCCGGCAAACAGCGGUCGACGACGAUGCGGACGCGGGUGAGAUCAGUGAGUUUGGUCCGCCUGUCGACAUGUCCACUCCGUCGCACCUUCUUCAUCGAACAAGCGCACUCCCGCGCGACUCCACUCAGCUCGAAGAUAUUGAAGAGGACCCCCAGGAUGAAGUCUCGGCAAUGGCAUCCCCAUCUGAGCGAAAGGUGUCAAUGGCCUCGGAUCAUUCGACCGAGCAUUUGGAAGAGCGUCUGCAGCAGCGUAUUGCUGAGCUUGAGGAAGAAAUCGAGAAUCGUGACGACCAAAUAUACAAAAACCGGACGCGUGUCAAGGAAGCCGCGUCCGCAAUGGAUCAAGUCCGCCACCUGCAGGCUGAGCUACAACUCAAGAAUGAGCAAUUGAGCGAGCUUGCGACGAAGACAGAAAACGAAGCAAAGCUUCAGGCGCGAGUUGACGCCCUAGAGCGAGAGAAAGAACAGCGCGAGAAGCUUUCACAACAAACCACUUCCAAUCAAUCUGACUUCAGCGCCGUCGAGCAGCAGCUUCGAGACAUGCAAAGACAGCUACAAGACAAGGAUUCUCCGUCGGCACUGGACGCCGAGCGGCUCGAGACCAUUGCACAUCUAAGGCAGCAAUUGCAGUUGACCCAAGAUCAAGUGCGGAAGCGCGAUGAAAGUCUUGAAGAGACGAUGAAUAAGCUGAAGGAAGUGACGAAGGCGAAGGAGGCUCAACUACACGAGAAGAAUGCCGAGAUUGACAGACUCAAGGGCGAGAUUGAUGAACAAGCCCUCGAAAACGAGAAAUUGGAGAAUGAGCUUGAGCGCGUCAACAAAGGCUACGAGGCACUGGAAGAUCGGUUGACUGCGCUCGAAGUCAAGAGCGCCCCUCUUGAAGAGAGGAAUCACUCGCUCGAGGCGGAUCUGACCCGAGCACAGUCACAGGUCGAAGCACAAGAGAGUGCUCUGAAGGCAGUCGCAGCAGAUUUACCCAUUGGCAGCCGCAACACUUAUAGUGAGAUCUUGGAUCUGAUCAAAGAUCUGGGUGGCGAGGAUCCGCCACCACGAAGAGUCUCUUCCCCCAGAGGCAAGAUCUGUGAAGCAGAUGAUUUGACUGUGCAGGAAAUGCGCGAGGAAAUUUCGCGUCUUCGCCAAGAGCUGGAGACUACUAGCGCCUCUCAACGGGCUGCUGAAAUGGAGGCAAGCCAUGUGAAAGAGCAACUUGCAGAGACACAAGAUCUAGUCAAGACAAUUGAAAACGAAAACUCACGCUUGACUAGUCGAGUUGAGGAGCUGGUCUCUCACCUCACUCAAUCUCAGCAGGAGUUGACACGCACGCAAAAAGAGCACGACGAGGCACUUGAAAGCGUUGCUCGUUUGCAAGAGGCCGCACUGGACCAGCCUCCAAGCCCACCCCCAUCACCUCCAAAAACGCAAGAUAUGAGACAAUCCGAAGCGCAAUACGCUGCACGUGUGGCGGACCUUGAGGCAGCCCAUCAGGCUCAGAUGCGAAGUCUGCAGACCGUGCACUCCACUGCCGUUUCCACGCUUCGCUCCUCACACGCUGAAUCCAUGCGUAAGAUUCGCAGUCUCUUGUCCGCGGCCGAGCAGCGAGAAGCCGAGCUACGCACCGAGCUUACCACCAUUCGCACGACCCUGAAUUUGCAAGAGGCUUCAUUACGCAAGAGCUUCAAGUCAGAAAUUCGACGCCUCGAAGCUGUAAUUGCUGCUAAGGACGAGACCUCGGUGGCCAUAGACGAGCGCAUUGCGUUGUCAGUAGACAAACGCGAGCGCGAAUGGGAGCGUCGCGUAGACUUGCUGCUCAGAGAACGCGAUCGCAUGGCCAAGGCCUUGAUGAUGUCUUGGGGAGAGAACGAACUGGGCAAAGGCCCUGGUUCUUUCGCCGGUACCAAGGGGCACCGUCGGCGAGAGGGAGGAGAUGUGGUAGAUACCAAGGAAGGGCAGGCCUACAAGUACUUGAAGCGCUGA